CCGGUUUCACUCAAGCCGAGAUUGUCCCGGAGCUCGAGCCCGCGUUCCCCUCGAGUGCCCGACGCGCCGCAGAGCGCCCGAGAGCUGGGCGGCCGGGCGGCCAUGCCGGCGAAGAAGUCGGCGUGGGGCUGGCCGGCGGGCCUGCCCGCCCACGUGGCCCCCGCGGGCUUCGACCCGCGCCUUGUGGCCGCGGGCGGCGACGGGGGCCAGGAUCUGCAGUCGUCGCUCGCUGCCCCGCGCGGGGAAGAGGUCCCGUGGCCCGUGGGCCUGGCGCGGGUGGCCGGCUCGGAGGAGGACGCCACCAGCUCGGGGGACGCUCCUGCCUUCCGGCCGAGGACGAAGUGUCAGCGGCGCCGUCGCCAGCGAAAGCUCUCGAAGGCCAUGGCACAGUCGACCACGACGAGGGGGGACGUGCCGUGUGAGUCGCUUGCCGCGCCGUCGGGGGGCUGCGACGAUGGAGGCCUCGCAGGACCGACCACGACAGAGGUGUGGUCGUCUGCGGACGAAGAGCCAUGCCCGUAG